CCGCGCCCCUUUGGGCACACGGCAUCUUCCAGGAAGAAAACCCAACACACCGAGCGUCAGGCGGACGGAUAAAACUGCGGCUGGAAACUUUUGUACAAGCUUCUCCACAUUAUUGUACCCUGCCUUUGGACCGAGGACGCAGCCGGCAUGCUCAUUAAAGAAUUCCGAAUUGUCCUGCCAGUUUCGGUGGAGGAGUACCAGGUGGGUCAGCUGUACUCUGUAGCGGAGGCCAGUAAAGGUGAGACGGGAGGAGGGGAUGGAGUGGAGGUGAUCGCCAAUGAACCCUAUGAGAAAGAUGGAGAAAAGGGACAGUAUACGCACAAGAUCUACCACCUGCAGAGUAAAGUACCAGGUUAUAUCCGAGCACUGGCACCAAAAUCUUCUCUUGAGGUUCAUGAGAAGGCCUGGAAUGCAUACCCUUACUGUCGAACUAUCAUUACAAAUGCCUACAUGAAGGAUAAGUUCGAGAUUAAGAUAGAGACGUGGCACAAGCCUGAUAUGGGGGAACAGAACAAUGUCCACAGACUAGAUGAAGAAACAUGGCGGGAUGUUGACGUUGUUGACAUAGACAUCGCUGACAGGAGUAACAUAGAUGCAAAGGACUACAGUUCAGAUCAUGAUCCUGCCAUCUUCAAGUCAGAGAAGACUGGUAGAGGGCCUCUGGGACCUAACUGGAAGAAAGAACUCGCCAACAACCCUAACUGUCCGCACAUGUGUGCCUAUAAGUUAGUCACCGUCGAGUUCAAAUGGUUUGGACUACAGAAAAAGGUGGAGAGCUUAAUUCAAAAGGUAGAGAGGCGACUGUUCACCAAUUUCCACAGACAGCUGUUCUGCUGGAUUGACAAUUGGAUCGAGCUGUCGAUGGACGACAUACGAAAUCUGGAGGACAAGACAAAGGAGGAGCUGGAUGAGAUGAGGAAGACGGACGAAACUAAAGGCAUGGCAGCUGAUGAGAAUUGACGAUUGCCAUCUGACACAGGAAGCUUUGCCUGCAUUCAACAGACUACUCCUUGGACGCUGCGCCCAGAACAUCUGGAGAGGCAUAAAAUAUCACAGUUUUGCCCAUGUGAAAUUGGUCUUAAUAAGAGCUCCAUGCUCUAAAGCAGUUGUGUGUGUGUGUGUGUGUGUGUGUGUGUGUGUGUGUGUGUGUGUGUGUGUGUGUGUGUGUGUGUGUGUGUGUGUGUGUGUGUGUGUGUGUGUGUGUAUUUGACUGCAACAACAACCUUGGUAUUCAGGGGACAUGUUUGCAAGUUGAGGAGUCACUUCUGUGGUUCUCUUGCUUAUACCAAUCCUCUUAAUUCAAAAUGGAGUAGCGUGAAUAGGUGAACAGGUUUCCUGGGCUGUAAUGUCUAUUGUAAAACAUGCAAUAUUACUGAUAGCACUAUUCUUUUUUUUUUUUUAAACCAGUGAUAUUGUGAUUGUGCUUUAUUUUGGUUCUUGAUUUAGUGUUUUGCAAUUGUCAUUAAUUCAUCAUGUUUACUCACUGGAGCAAGUUGGAUUUGCCAGCUGUCUGCAUCCACAAGAAAAAAAAAGCUCCAUACAGCUACGAUUAUGUCUUACAAUAGCUUUUAUAGGCAAAUGGACUAAAACAUAAUAGGAAACAACGGUUUUUGUCUCCUCUUCUCUCCAAAUGCAGUUGUUUUGAAUGGCUGUCAAACUGAAUCUUGAACUUUCAAACUGAUUUUUGGAUUUUGUCAAACUGAAAAUGCAUCCUCCACUCUGUGCUCAGUUUGGUGGAGUCGUUGAAGUAGAAACACAGGCUUUGAUUUCCAAAAAGAACACUUAUGUGAAAUUGAAUUGAUUUCCUUUGAAAAGACUCCACCCACAGACACUAUGAUUAUACAUGCAGAUUGUUCUAAUCCUUAAUCCUUAUCACACAACUGCUGGCACUGCUGGCAUACUGGUGUCAGACAAGUAUGCCAGCUACUGUUUAUUAAUUCAGUUAUUGCUUUGGUUAAGGGAUUUGAGUGUUGGUGAUGGUGUUGAGUGUGGAUAAACUUUGAACAAACACAAGCGGUGACACAUGACACAUGAAGCGACUUUAAUCCCCUGCAGUUGUUCUCAAGUGCAAGCCUACUUAAUUGUAAGUCUUGUUUAACUGUCCAUGUGUUUUAUUAAAUUAUCUUAAAUUUGUGUAUUUUAUUUUGAACAAGGCAGUUCUGUGUAAUGAGUCCUCCACGAAAAUUUGUAUUCCAUUAAACACGAUAUAUAUUUAUCC